CAGUGCUGUUCUUGUUAACAGGACCACUUCCUGUCAAUAUUUCCCUCACUUGCAGUUAGGCUCAUAGUUAUUUGCAUCCCACAAAGGGCUGGCUCCAGGCAUCAGCGAAGGAAGCAGGUGCCUGGGGCGGCCAAUGGAAAGGGGGGGCACGCCAUCGGUUAUUGAGGCGGCAUGUCCAGGUCUUCGGCGGCAAUUCAGCAGCGGGUCUUUCAGUCUCUCUCUUCAUCUUCGGCGGCACUUCAGUGGCAGCUCAAUCAUUUUGUUUGUUUUUUCCUUUGCUGCUUGGGGUGGCAAAAAAGCUGGAGCUGUCCCUGAUCCCACAGGCAGAAUGGUUACCUGGGAAGCAAAGAAUGUCGUCUCUAUAUGUCUAUCACAUCAUGAUAUGUAAAAAGGUUCUAGAUGUGAAUCAAUCCCAUGAUGCAACAUGUCUCCCCAGCACCAGCUCUGACAAUGAUGGCCACACAGAGUGUGCCCCCUCCCCCUUACCAAGACAGCCAGCAGAUGACUGCCACAGCGCAACAGCCGGCUAAGGCACAGCCAGUGCACAUCACAACACCCUCGGCAGCAGCCAACACCCCACUCCCCAGCACUCCUAUUGACCCUCAGGCGCAGCUGGAGGCUGACAAGCGAGCUGUCUACAGGCAUCCUCUUUUCCCACUCCUGACGCUGCUGUUUGAGAAGUGUGAGCAGGCAACACAGGGCUCCGAGUGCAUCACCUCUGCCAGCUUUGACGUGGACAUUGAGAACUUUGUACACCAGCAGGAGCAGGAACACAAACCAUUCUUCAGUGAUGACCCCGAACUGGACAACCUGAUGGUGAAAGCAAUUCAGGUCUUGAGAAUUCAUCUGCUGGAGCUGGAGAAGGUGAAUGAAUUGUGCAAGGACUUUUGUAACCGUUAUAUCACCUGCCUCAAAACAAAGAUGCACAGCGAUAACCUACUCAGGAAUGAUCUUGGGGGGCCCUACUCCCCAAACCAGCCCUCCAUAAACCUACACCCACAGGAUUUGCUGCAGAAUUCUCCGAACUCAAUGACUGCAGUGGCCAACAACCCCCAGGGAAUUGUGGUCCCAGCAUCAGCGCUGCAGCCGGGGAAUAUCUCCAUGACAACGGUCAAUUCACAAGUUGUGUCAGGUGGAGCCCUUUACCAGCCUGUAACUAUGGUAACAUCUCAGGGCCAGGUGGUAACCCAAGCAAUCCCACAAGGAGCCAUACAGAUCCAGAACACACAGGUUAACCUGGAUCUGACCUCCCUCCUUGACAGUGAAGAUAAAAAGUCAAAGAACAAACGGGGAGUCCUACCGAAGCACGCUACCAAUAUAAUGCGUUCCUGGCUCUUCCAGCAUCUUAUGCACCCUUACCCAACAGAGGAUGAGAAAAGGCAGAUAGCAGCACAGACAAACCUGACACUUUUGCAAGUCAAUAACUGGUUUAUCAAUGCCCGACGGCGCAUUCUGCAGCCCAUGCUUGAUGCAAGCAAUCCAGAUCCAGCCCCCAAAGCCAAGAAGAUCAAAUCCCAGCACCGUCCUACUCAAAGAUUCUGGCCCAACUCUAUUGCAGCUGGAGUGCUGCAGCAACAAGGAGUCAAUCCUACUACCAAUCCUGAUGGCUCCUUAAUUAUGGACAAUCUGCAGUCCCUGUCUUCCGAUAAUGCUACCAUUGCUAUGCAGCAGGCCAUGAUGGCAGCUCAUGACGACUCACUUGAUGGAACAGAAGAUGAGGAGGAGGAUGAAAUGGAGGAAGAAGAAGAAGAAGAACUGGAGGAAGAUAACGAUGAGCUCCAGACAACGAAUGUCAGUGACCUUGGCUUGGAGCACAGUGACUCACUGGAGUAACAAAGAAUUGAAGGUUCCCUGAUUUACAGUAGGGCAGAUGCCUCCCGGAAAGAUGUUUCCCUACCUAAAUCAGCAGCCUGAGGAAUUUUUAGAGGAACCCUGAUCUUUGACAUACAAGCCCCUCACAUCGCUUUAAAAAUUAUGUAUGACAAAAUCAAGUAGUGAUACCUUACAAAGUGUCCUGCUUGCCUGCAAUACACUGCAGCUGUGGACAGGAGUGCACAUUUAAGAGACCAGUAGAAUGUGCAGGGUUAUUAUUUAAGUGAAGGACACAUGUUUACAAGGCACAUAUUGUGGCCAGUUUUUUUUUGUUUGUUGUUUUUUUUUGGUGCUGUUGUUGUUGUUUUUGAUAAGAACAAAAGUGUUUUUAGGGCAAGCUGUUUUCUGUAUGACUGAGUCAUUGAUGGAUGUUAUCAUGAAAUGCCUUUUUUUGACAUGCAGGUGAGAGGCAGGUCUGUUUUCAUUUUCACUGCAUUUAUGAAAGAUUUAUAGGUACAAAAGGAUUGAUGCUUUUUUUAAGUAAAAGAUUGUAAUGAUUAUAAAUAUCUAAAUGUAGGGAAAUCAGAGUUUGCAAAUUGUCAGAAUUUAAAACUGAACAUUGAAAGACUUUAGUGCUGGAUCCAUUUAGAUUCCUGAUUAGUGCUGAUUAAAUGAAUGUCAGUUCUUCAGACUUCCAUCUCUUCCUAUACAGAGUGACAAACCCCAGGAAGUACAGAGGGGACACACACAUGUUGAUGUAAAAUGGUCUGAUGAUUGGGCACCAGACUGUGAGCUGUGCAGCCUUUGUAGGAGAACCGAAAACUUAGAAACUUUUAACUUAAUGUUCUGCUUGUGAUACAGGUAGUGAAAUUUCUUAGGCUAUAGGUGCAAUGUCAAAUGACGAAGAAUGUUUAGAAGAUCGCAAAUAUUCAGAAACUGAUCAAGAAAUGAUUGGGCAUUCUUAUGUUUUAAUGAAAUAUAAACAAAAAAUGCUAAAUUUGCUUUGUUCAUCUGAAACGUAGUCAGAUUUCAGAAUGCUGAAAGCAAGCUCAUAUUCUGCUAUGCUAUCUCCUGGUUUUGAGAAUUCAUGGAUUGCUGAACUAAGAAAAGGUUUUUUGAGAUAGCUGAACAUGCUAUCCAGCUGGUAAAAUAUAAAAAUGCUCCUUUUGUUACUUCCACCUCUCAUCUGGAAUCCCCACCAACUAUCCCUCUCAUGUAAAGCAUUCUGCCGAGAGAUUGAUGAAAAGCCGGCUUGAAAUAAGAUGCUCAUUUAGGCGAUGUCUACACUGCAGCAGGGAGUGUCCAUCCCAGUGUGGCUAGACAACCACUUGUUAGCUCUGCUCAAGUUACUGUGCUAAAAAUAGCAGUGUAGCUGUGGUAGCAGGGAUGACACAGUCUAGGCACCUGAGUACACACUCACCCAAACCCGCUUGGCACACACUCAGGUGUCUAGCCCAAGCUGCCACCUGUGCUGCCUCAGGUACAAGUGUCUGUCUAGCCACACUGGGAAGCACGGUGCAGUGUGGACAUAGCCUUAGGCGUGUUUAAUAGCAGUAGGAUGGGACAGAGCCAUACAAAUUUUCUUCACUGACUGAGGAAGAAAACAUUUCAUGACGCAUUGGCAAAACUAAUCACAGCCAAGACUUUCCUGAGAUCAGAAACAUUUGCUGAGCUGACUAGCAUAUAUACAAAUGUAGUAAACAAAUAAGAAUCAGAUUAUGGAUAUAAUCACAGAAAUGGCAACAAAGGCCCUCUAGUAUUCACACAGUAGGAAGGAAAUAAACUCCCCUUGAUAGAAAGGAUUUCACCCCAAAACAUCACUCGCACAUCUCUCGCCACACACUGAAUGGUAGAACUGAAUAUGGUUGUGUUGUCCAUAAAAUUUAAUUGAAUGAACUUUCAGUCCAUUUGUAGGAGAACAAUUUCAGUAACAACCCUUGGAUGGCACUAUCGUGAAGGCUGAGAAUGACUUUUAGCAAAACAACUGGGGACCUCUAUAUUCCACCUUUGAGGAGCAGUCAGUAACUGAGACUGAGGAAGGACUUCCUGAAAUGAAUGUGUUCCUCCCUACAAUGAGCAAAACUGAACGGUUUAAUAGAAAUUUGAGAAAGAAACAAGCUUAUUUAUAAUCAGUGGUAUAGAGCAAUAUGUUUUGCUUCCUUUCCAUGCCAUAAUUAGAUCACAUUUCCCCUUUGAAAAUGCAGUGGAAUUAGGGCAGCCAGAAAAUAAGAAUUCCAUUCCACACUCAAUUGACAUAUAAGAACACAAGCAAACUGAAAUUUGCACACUUGAGAGCAACCGCUCAAAAGCCAGUAGCCUGAUGCUUAGGAUACUAAGCUGUGGGAUAGAAGAUGCAGAUUCCAGGCCCUGCUCUAAUUCAAAGCAGGGAUUGGACCUGUGUUGCUACAUCCUAGGUAAAUACCCUCACCAACAGGCAAAAGAGCCAGGUCUUAUCUACACUUCAAAUUUAGGACAACAUAGCUAUGGUGUUCAUGGGUUUGAAAAAUUCACACACACCCCAGAACGAUGUAGGUAUGCUGAGCUAACUCCUGGGAUAGAUGCAGUUAGGUCGAUGAAAGAUUUCUUUAAUUGUCCUAGCCUACUGCCACUCAGAGAGGUGGAUUGCUUACAGUGAUGGAAGAACCUCUUACUUACUUAGUAGGAAGUGUCACUGUCAGUAUUAUAGCUAUACUGCCAUAGCACCUGUAGUGUAGACAUGGCUGCAGUCUCUCUCAACUGUUGGAGCUGUGCCACUUGGUAUACAAAAUUAAAUGUUAAUUGGACCAGAGAGAGACUGUCUCUGUUGCCUGGCUUUCUCUCUCUCUCUCUCCUUCUCUCUCUUCUGAGAAAUCCCAUGCUGGACCUGAGAAACCGUCCCGUUAAGACUGAUACAGUUCGGUGAAAAAUUUUGGUUUUGAACAUUCUGCCUUUUUAAAUGAAAAAAAUGGUUUGGCAGAAAAUUUCCAACCAGCUGACAGCUAGGAUGGAAGCUUUUCUUUUCUGGUUCAUAGUCUUACUUAAAUAUGCACAGACCCAACACCAGCCCAGGACUAAGGCCUGUGUACCCAACUUAUUCUUGAUGGCGCUAACUAACCCGCGCUGAGUUUUGAGACAGUUUCAGUGAGUUUAAUGUUUUAUGACAGAGCUUGAUCCCAUUUUUAAGUAUUAUUUUUCUGUAACAAUUAUUUUUUGAUGGCACCUGAACUACAGUUUCCUCUUUGCUCCUUCUUUUGCCUCUUGAGCAGUUGAGACGUUUGAUUAUCAACAAUAAGGGUUGACUCCAUGAUAAUUCCUUGGGAAUUUAUUGGGCUGGCAAUGGGCAUAAGGGCCUGUUUUCAGUACUGAUAUGGCGUGAAUGUAAUAUGUAAUUUCAUAGAAAUUUCAUUGUAAUCUAGUAUUAAUUCAUAUCCAUUUAUU